UAAAGAAAAUGGGUUUAGAGGCCAAACGCUGCGGAGUUGUGUUCAGUCCUCCUUCAAUACUGCUUAUUUAUGUCCAAACGGAAACCAAAAAGAUCAGGAAAAGAUCCAUACCGGUGCGAGAUUUCUCUAAAUAUUCUGACUGCAGCAUGGCGGCUGAAAGAUUGAAAAACCAGCCAAGGCACCGCGAGUAUCUGGAUCAAGUACCUCAAAGUCAGUUGGAGAAACUCCUGAUGAUCCUGCGAGAUCACAUGCGCGGUCUGAGCCUGGAGGAAAGUCUUGCUUCGUUCCAACUGGACCCAGAGGAAGAUCUGAACAAGCUAGAUGACGAGGAGUUAGCGCGCAAAAAGGGUCAGAUGGACACACUGUUUGAGAGGAACCGCAAGUGGAAAGAUGACCCGGACUUUGUGUAUAACCUGGAGGUGGAGUUUGACAAACCCAGUCAGGAAAAGUGCAGCUGGGACGAAGAAUCGGAUGAUGAAUUUUAAAAACUCUUUAAGAAUUUAGUUCAAAAAUCCACAGAAAAAACCCAAAAACAAGACUCUUCCAAAGCUUGUACCAGAAGCUUUAUUGUGUUAACUCUAAACUCAAUAAAGAAGCUUUUCCUCCACUUA